UAAAUAAAAGUUAAAAAAAUAUAUAAGUAGUGAUAACAGAAAUGGAAGGAAUCAGACAUGGUCUAUCCAAGUGUCAAUCUGUGUCAGCCCAGACUUAGGCUAUGAUAGGAACUCAUAUAUUCAUUAUGCUUUACACCCAAUUCUUAGUCUGUGAAUUGAGAUAGUGCCAAGAUUCCUGGAAUCAUCAAUAACUAAGGGGAUGAGGAUUCAUAAUACUGAUGAUUCUGACUCAAGAGAAAAAAAAACAUGACCCAGGGCUGACAUAGAAUGAAUAUCCCAAUGUUGUUAACCAGAAACAGGAUCAGAAUGCAGAGUGAAGGGUGAAAUCUUACUAGGAAUAGCUUGAGAUCAUUUCCCUAUACAUCCUCCAUUCAACACUUUGCUUUUUACUCCUGUAACUUCACUCAUUGCUGGUUUCCCUUGUGAAGUUAGACCCUUUAUGAGACUCUAAGCCAUGUUGACAAUAGGGCCUACAUCUUCUUUAUCUUCAUGUCCCCCAGAGUGUACAUCAGUGCCUUGUGCUCAGCAGAUGUUUAUUAAGAAAAAUAAAUGAGACUUCUAGUGCCUCAGUUCUCAAGCAUGAGGCAUGAGAAUAGACAAAUGGAUGUCUGAAUUGCCUUGGCAGCUGAAUCUGUUUAAUCACUUACAUGUUUCUUGGCAAAACUUUAUGUGGACUAAUCUGUUUUUUCUCAAAUUUGUUUAUCAUGUCAGAAAGAAAGACUACUUGUUCUAUAUUAUUUUAAAAACAUUAUUUUAUAUUUUUUUGGCUCAAAGAUAAUGCAGUGAUAUCUGUUUAGUAAGGAGGGUGAAGGAAACCUGCUUCAGGCAUCAAUAAUGCCAGCUUUUAAAGAUAAUUUUGGAUUAUUUUCAUUUAUUGCAAACUUUAACACACUUGACUUUGUUGUGAAAAACUGUUUUCCAACAGAUAAAUUUGUGUUCCUUUGUGGAAAAGACAUCAUUAAAAAUCUGUGUGUAUAAAAUGCUUAAGGGUCCUGAGAAGACCCUAAGUAAUUCUUCUUGUCUAUAGGAAAUGUAGUUACAGUUGGGGAUUAGAUUCUUUCCUGGUGUUCACUCUAUAUAACUUAUGUGCUCUUUUGCCACCCAAGACUAGAAUCUAGCUUUUUUUUUGGACCAGGUGCCGUUGAUUUUUCUAAUUAAAUGAAAAUAUAGUUUCUAUAGAAAUUACCCUAAAUACAUGUGCUUUUCCAAGCUAUAUGUAGUUACCAACCAGAUGGCUGGAGCAUGCUAUUAUAAUACACAUCCAUUUUGUGUUUAUAUAAUACAAAAUAAUUUUAUAAAAAUUAUGACUUCUGUCUUUAUAAGAAAUAGUCUAUUAUAACAAAAUUAUUUGUUAAUAAAAUGAGGGAAAGUAAAGAAUUAGAAAUAAGUUGCCACUAAGACAUAGAGAAAAAUAGCAAAAUAGCAAAGUAAUGGAUGGAUUUAAUUGGUUCCUAUGUUGUAAAGUGAUUGAAAAGAAUCUGAGUAAGGCAAAAAAGUAGAAGCUGAAGAAUUUCCUCUUGUAAAUUUCAUUGUGCCAACUUGCCUAAAUAUUGCUUUAUAUGUGGAGGAAGAACUGGGAGAAAAAAAUCAGAAGGAAAAGGACAGAAUGAGGUAUAGGAGACCUUCAUAGUUGUUGAAAUUUACCUAGAAUAAAUUGACUGGACCAUAGACAAUGGGCUGCAUUGUCACUUCCUCUUGGGGAGCCUCAGUAGAACUUGGAGCUAAGAGUUCUUUAAGAUUUAUUGAUGCUACCUUUUGAUGUUUUCAUUCACACAUCACCAUUCUACCUUCACUGAAAAAAACUUGAGCACCUUCAUUCUAGAUCUUUGUUGAUAUUUAUUUAAUUUGCUUUUUCAAUCUUAUUUCUGUUUAUUAUCAUUGAUCAAAAUGAAAAUAGUACCAUCAAGUAACAUAUAUUAUGUAUUUGCCUGGCACAGAACUAUGGUUUUUGCUUGCUGAAUUUAAUUAUGACCAUCAUAAAAACCCUGGGAGAUAAUUUCUGUUCUUACUCCUAUUUCACAGGUGAGAGGACUGAGUCUUUGAGGGUUCAGUAACUUGUCUGGAGUGCCACAGUCAGUGAAUGAUCUGCCUCCAGGGUCUCAUGCUUUCAGAUUACACCUGCUACUUACUGUUCUUGCUGUUCUGAUAGGUGCCUUUACUCAAAGUUUUCUUUUUACAAAUAAAAUAAGUGCUCUUUCAUCCCACAUUCAUAGAUCUCCAGGCCCCUUUCCUUCUGGGUAGUUCAGAUGCCACCUUUUUAAAUUACUCCAGGAUAGACAGACAUAAUGUCACUUCUUCUGAAAUUCCUAUGAGUCUUUGCUGAUCAAAGUGACACAGACCAGCAGCUGUGCAGACCCUGGGAGCUUGUUGGAAAUACAGUCUCUUAGUCCCACCCGAGAUCUCCUAAAUCAGAAACAGCAUCUAAAAAGUAUUUAUGUGUUUUAAAGGCAGAGAGAGAGAGAGAGAUCACUGAGAGAUUGCCCAUCUGCUGGGUCAUUCCCCUGAUACCAGCAACAAGCAGGGAUGGGCCAUUCUGAAACCAGGUUGCUUCCUCCCAUGCUGUGUAUUAGCAAGAAACUGGAAUCCUAAACACAGUCAGGACUUGAAUGAGGCACAGAUAUGGGAUUUUGGCAUCUCUUGAAGCACCUUACCCACUGCACCAAACACUUGUCCAGAAUCUGCAUUUUAGUAAAAUCCAUAGGUGGUUUGUAUAUGCAGGAAAGUUUGAAAAGAUCUGUGGUAUGAGACUUUGUUUUUUUGACUUUAUAUCUCUGUUAUUUUUAUACCUAUUUUAUAUUCCCAAAUGGACUGUAAGGUUUUUGAGUAGCAAAGUAUCAUAUUCUCUUUUUGAUAUUGGUAAAUGUACCUGACAUGGAAGAUUACACAUUGUUUAGUGAUAAAAUGCAGCACUUGUAUCAGAUAUUGAGACUAUUUCUCAGUCAAAAUGUUCUAUAUUAUUUAGAAAUAUUUUCCCACUGUGGUAAUAGAAUCACUUUUAACAAUUAUUUUACUAGUAAUGUUUCCAAAAGUUCAGGCUUUGGAUGUUAAAAUGUUAUGAGGCAUAAUCUUGAUUCUUAAAGAAAAAAAUCAUUAUUUCUUCCCAUUACCUUUGGCCUGUACCUAGCCCUUUCGAUACAGCAUCUUUCAUCACUAAAGCUCAUCUAUAGAUAUUAUAGAUUUGGAGAAAAAUAAGUACUGAUAGAAAUAAAAAAACUGAAAUUUUCAAUCAAGUUUACGUGUGAAAUUUUGAGAUUUGUAUGCAGUCAAGAUACUCAUUGCCUUCCAGGAACCUUGGAAUGGAAUUUUGUUUUGACAACUAUUUGAUUCAAAGCUUUAUUUUAGAGUAAAUUCUAUUAAUAGCAAAACUUUAGUCACUACAUAUGCUCCUGCAUUGCUGCUUGCAAUUUAUACACCAAGAACUGAUCAUUAAAGUUAUUGAUUUUUAAAAAAUGAUCACUGUUUUCUAGUUCUUUAUUUGGACAGUGUUUGCAUAUAUUUGUAUCACUAAAUGUUCUCUGAAUGUGACCAACUGAUGACUGAGAUUGGCAGAUGCUAAGGCCCUUCAAUCAGCUUCUCCUUGCUGCACAAUCUGGCUUCUCUCUUCCUUCCACAGAAUAUAUAAUUGGAAUGCAUGCAUGGAAAGAAAAGAGGGCAAACCCAUAUAGGUGGCAAUCUUUGAUUCCAUUUCAGCAGUCAGUAUGACCUAUCAUGAAGUUGCAAAUCUAAAAACUGUCGAAACAUAAAUCUAUUCUCUGGAACUGACGCAGUUUUUCAAUUCAGAAAGGAUUCUGUCUUACCUCUUUUUAGAAUUCCUUUAUCCACACCCCCCCCCCCCCGCCUGUGUGUGUGUGUGUGCGCGCGUGUGUGUUGUUUUAGUAAGAAGCUUCCUUCCCACCUCAGUCAUUGGUUUGCUCACUCCCUUAUGUGAUGAAUCAAUGCUUCCAGAACAGGGGCUUCUGAGUGACUGCGGGAACAAUUACUUCCAAAUGAACUCGUGCAUCUUAGCAGGGAGCGUUCAGACCACACCCCAGGUCUCUUCUGGUGACUCUGAAGCCAAACCUCUGAUCUUCACAUUUGUCCCCACUGUCAGAAGACUGCCAACCCACACUCAGUUGGCUGACACCUCUAAAUACCUUGUUAAAAUUCCAGAGGAACCAAGUGAUAAGAGUCCAGAAACUGUAAAUAGGUCUAAUUCCAACGACUACUCGAUCUUGAACACUGGGAGUGAACAAGAGAAAGACCAAAAGAUAUUGAUUGAUACUUCAGAAGUCAGUGAAAAUAUUUCACAAGAAAGAAGGCUGAAAGCAAAGGAAUCACAAGGAAUGCAGCAAAGCGACCUCUUCAAAGCUGAAUAUGUCUUUAUUGUGGACUCUGAAGGGGAAGAUGAAGCUACAAGCAAAAAGGAUGAACAAGGCCCCAUGGGGGGGACUGGCAGCACGGCUGCCCGGCCCAAGACUCUGGCAAUCUCCUCCAGUCUGGCUUCUGAUGUAGUGCGUCCCAAAAAAUGGGGCACUGAUCUCAAGGCCUCAUCACAUCCUGAAAUGUCUCAUGGGCUGGGCCCUCAGCAAAGGCAUGGUCAGUUAACUUCUUCUCCCACUACCUCUGAGCAGCUUGCCUGUAAACCACCUGCUUUCUCCUUUGUUUCUCCAACUAAUCAGAAAACACCACCUGACCCAGUUAACCUCGACGGAGCCUCUGUCCUAGAGGAGUUCCACACUAGGAGGCUGGAUGUCAGUGGGGCCUUGGUAGAAGAAACAGCUACGUACUUUCAAACUGCCACCCACUCUUCACCCUUUCCUGCAUCGAAAGGCACCUCCUCGACGUUACAGUUUCCCCAUUCCACACAGCUCUCAGGUUCUAAUCUAUCCAGCCCAACUGCAGCACAUCAGAAACCUGGACAUCAGAAAUCUGAAGCUAUGAAGAAGAAGACAACUAUAACCUCACAUGUCCAUAGUCCCAGAGAAAGUCCGAGAACCUCUUCUCCUUCACCAUCCUGCGGUGCUUCUCUGAAGUCAAACUCUGCCUUGUACAUCCCCGUCCGUAUUGUCACACAUUCACUCUCUCCAAGUCCAAAACCAUUUACCUCCUCUUUCCAUGGCUCUUCUUCCACUAUCUGUAGCCAAAUGUCAUCUAGUGGAAAUCUUUCAAGGUCAGGGGUGAAAUCUCCAGUGCCCUCUCGGCUUUCCCUUCUCACUGCUAUCCUCAAGUCAAACCCAUCUCACCAAAGACCUGAAUCCCCUGCAUCCUGCCCCACAUUCUCUCUCAACUCCCUGGCCUCUUCCACACUCACACUUGAUCAAAAAGCAAAGCAAAUUCCAUCCACUCCUAAAAAGUCUCUCUCAAGUUGCUCUCUCAGAGCUGGAUCACCAGAUCAAGGGGAAAACCAGGUUUCUGAGCUGACCCAGCAAUCCUUUCCCCUACCUUUUUCCUCCAAGACUGUCCUGGUUUCGCAAAGGCCCUCCCUCUCUCCUACAAAACCUUUUAGUAGCAGCCCUAUUUCUUUGAAUGCUGAAAAAGCAACAUCACCUACAUCUUUGAAGAGCAAUACGGAGCUCUCCGUGCCACAAACCAAUACAGCGAGCUUUGCAGGUCUUCCUCCUGUCCCACCAAGCUCUUCUCUUUACUCUUCCAAGGGCAAACAGGAUGGUGACUUAAGGGGUAUAGAAAAGACAUCCACAUUAGCCUCCUCUGAAGUAACUUCCGUAUCUCCUCCUAUUAUUCAAAGCACCACACUCCCCACUCCAGAGAAAUGUUUUCAUCCUUCCCCAGCUCUUUCAAAUCUGAUAAACAGAUCCAAAACAGUAUCAUCUCAGCUAUCUGGCUAUGGUUUGACCCCUUCAGCUCCUCGUUCACCCUCUAUCCCCAGUGUCAGCUCUGCCUCUAUUCCUAACUUGGGGUCCUCCUCUGUCCCUCCUGCUAAUCUUCCUACCCAGCCAUUCCAGCUCAGUUCCUCACCACUGCACCCAAAUUGUGGUAGUGAUACCUUGCCUUCAAGACUUAGGAAACAUGAAAGCACAAUAUCCAGCCACAGGUCACCUGUUUCAACCCUAUCACCUCCCAUCUCUCUAACAAGAACCCAGGAGCUGAUUUCACCUUGUGCAUUGUCCAUGUCAACAGGCCCUGAAAAUAAGAAACCCAAGCAAUACAAGAUCAAGUCAAGCUACAAGGCUUUUGCAGCAAUCCCUACAAACACAUUGCUUUUGGAACAGAAGGCACUAGAUGAACCAGCCAAGACUGAAAGUGUCUCCAAGGACAGCACAUUAGACCCACCUGUGGAGUUGUAUUUUCCUGCACAGCUCAGGCAGCAAACUGAAGAGAUCUGUGCUACCAUUGAUAAGGUCUUACAGGAUUCCUUGUCUAUGCAUUCUUCUGAUUCUCCUUCAAGGUCCCCACAGACAUGGUUGGGUUCUAACACAAUCAAAAAUCCUACAACUCUCCCAAGAGCAGCUGGUCGAGAAACAAAAUAUGCAAAUCUCUCUUCACCAUCUUCUACAGUAUCUGAUAAUCAACUGCAGAUCAGAACUGGGCAGGAACUUAUGGAGGAGGUAUUGGAAAUAUCCACCUAUGAACUGGAGACUAAGCCUGGAGUAAUUCGUCCAGUACCUGUGAAAUCCAAAAUAUUACUGAAAAAAGAGGAGGAAAUCUGUGAACCCAACCCUUUCAGUAAAUACCUAGAGGAUAACAGUGAUUUGUUCUUUGAGCAGGGUGUGACAGUCCCUCACAAGCCUGUCUCCCUCCAUCCUUUGUAUCAGACUAAACUCUAUCCUCCUGCUAAGUCUCUGCUGCAUUCACAGAACCUUCCCCAUGCUGAGUGUCUUACCCCCGGACCCUUCAGUCAUGUGUCCUCCUUCUCCUUGACUGAUGAGCAGAGGAAUUCUCCCACCCUCCUUAGUCACAGCACAUAUAACAAGCUGAGUCAUCCCAUGGUGGCUAUUCCUGAACACGACAGUCUUGAUUCCAAAGAGCAAUGAAGUUGGAACAGAAGUUGAAAACACAGGCUGCUGGUUUUAUGGAAUGCUGGUGUUAACCACUUGCUAGAUUAAAUUAUUUUUCAGAAGGAGUGCUCCCUUUCUGAACUGCAGUGCAGCAGAGGCACUAAACAAAGUUUGCUGUAGACAUAUAGCAUCACAGUCCUCUACUAACACCCAGCAUAGAAAAGAUUUACUUACAGCUUCUUGCAUCUUUGAUAAAGCCUUUAAUGCCUUCUAUUAUGCUGACAGCAAUACUAAUGUGACCUAUAUUUAGCCGGAAAAUAAAGAAGAAUCAUGGGUAAAUAGAAGAAUGGAUGUGACUGUUUUUCAACAUUAGUUUGUUUAAAGCAUAUGUUAUUAACAUAUCAGGAUUUUAUUUAUUGUUUGAUUUACUUUUUACAUAUAAAAAAUAAGUUGCAAAAACCUAUUUCCUUCCUGCUCUCAAGGAAAACUAAUUAUUUAGGGGUCCACUGGGGAGAAUGCGAACAUGAGAAGGUUGACAUUUCAUGUAACACAACAAUGAUUUUUUCUGUUCUGUGCUGCUGGAACAGACUGUACCAGGGACAUCCCAAUGAUGAUGAGGUUUUUCCAGAAUCACUCUUUGUUUGAUUGUCAUCACAUUAUUCUCAUGAAGACUACUUAAGAGGCAGUUUGUACCCACAAUCUGAAAGGCAGCAGAAACUACAGAGCAAAUCCACACUGUGAUGAAACUCCUGGAGCCCAUCAGAAGUAUAUUUGGAUCUUAGCUAUUGAUAGCUGAUACUCCCCAGCUUAGAGCAUUUUGCUUUCAUAAGACUGGGUAGGCCCUUUCUUAUGUAUGGGUAUAUUUGUUGACUCAUGUUUAUCAUUUAUAACAAUUUCUUUCUCUGCUAUAGGCAUACAUUAUUUAUUUA